UAUUGAGUGAAAUUAUGUCAGUUUCCUAGUGAGCAUUGAGGCAAACACAAAUAUCUGAGAAAAAAGACUCUUAUAAAACUUGAAAAAGUUAAAAAAAAAGUUCUAUUAACAAAAAGUAACAAUUUAAAAAAAACCUUUUUUUAGUUAAACAUUCAUUUAUUUCUGAUUCUUUGUGUGUUUUAAAUUGCAACCAUUAAGUAUAAAAAUGCCAUCAAAUAUGAAUAAUAAACUCGACCCAAUGUUUAGUAGUAGUAGUAGAAGAGAGUUUACGGAGUCCGUUCUCGGUGCUACUUGUGCUGAGAAUAAGUUACGUACUAUUUCUACCUCUUCUUGCGCUACCAACAUGUCGACUGAGUCCUACUGUAUCUCUCUCGGCGUAGGGCCUCUGUGGUGGUCCGAUGUCCCUACCCACCACAGAACAGAUCACGAUAGGGCGUCACUCUUAACAGGUUACACUCGUAAAUCUUCGGUUGAUUCAGCUGGUGGCAGCAGCUGCUUAUUCGACAGAAGCAAUAGUGCUAGCAGCAGCAGCGGCUCUAGCAGUCCUGGCUCUUCGGCUUCGUCUGAAUGUUCUGACUCGGAUGUACAAUCCUUGUAUUCGGACGAUGAUUGUCAAGAGGUAGUCAGACAGAUCUUGCAACACGAUCAUCCCAUUCGUAUUGUUGUCAAGUUACAUGUAACUGAGAAUAAAUUUACCAAAUGGGAAUCGGUCUUGAAUCCAACCAAUAACAUCUUGUACGUAGCCAUGCCCGAAAAAUUGGCAUCGGAAAAUUCGAAGGACACUUUGAUUUCCCUGUUGGAGUUUGCUGAAGAUAAACUGGAAGUGGAUGCUGUCGUUAUGUGCGUGCGUAAAAAUCGUACUGAUCGUGUCCGUCUUUUGGAGAGCUUCUUGCUUAUGGGCUUUGAACCGUUGUCGAGAAAGGCACCCGAAGCACCACCAGCCGCUGAAAAAGAUGUCGAGAAUUUCUUCCUUAUCUAUCGUAUUGAGGAAUAAGUUGACAUAACUAAAACCUAAAAAAACUAAACGUUAAUAUUUUAUGCAAUAACCAACUAACAAUAAUCAACAUCUUAAACAUUGUUUUUAAGUUUUUUUUUAAUAAAAACAAAAUAAGAAACCUUAUAAAAUUGUUUGGAGGCCAGUAAAAUUUCUAUUAUAAAAUAACAACUCACUCCUAAAUUAACUAAAGUGUUCAAAAUUGCAUAAUCAUAUUAUAAAUUUCCUUAUGUCAACUUUCAACUCAAUAAUGGAUGAUAACAAUUUUUAUCUACCGAAGAAAUAUCGUAAUCACUGUUAAGAGCAAAUAUCGUAAAAAAAUGUCGUAUUUAAUCAGAAAUAAAAAUGAAUAAAAAAUAUUAAAAAAAAAUUUAAAAAUCUUUAAAAAAACGUAAAAAAAAAUU